AUGCUUCUAGAACUCACGCUGACUAUGCUUUCCAGUUCCGCCGCGGGGGGUAGCGGAGGGGGCAACAACAUCAAAGUUGUUGCCCGUUUCCGACCACAGAACAAAGUCGAAGUGUCCAAUGGAGGCCAGCCGAUUGUCCAGUUUAUGGGUGAAGACACCUGCCAGGUCCAGUCUUCGGAAACAACUGCCCCCUUUACCUUCGAUCGGGUCUUUGACAUGUCCUCCCAGCAAUCCGAUAUAUUCGAUUUCUCCAUAAGAUCUACCGUCGAAGAUGUCAUGAAUGGGUAUAAUGGAACGGUUUUUGCAUAUGGUCAAACGGGUGCGGGAAAGUCUUACACAAUGAUGGGAGACAUGGACGAUCCUCACAAGAAAGGUAUCAUCCCGCGCAUCACCGAACAGAUUUUCGACUCGAUUCUGGUCCACGGCUCCGCUCAGAUGGAAUACACGGUGGGCAUUUCGUAUCUGGAAAUCUACAUGGAGAGGAUACGGGAUCUGCUGAACCCGGUCAUGGACAAUCUACCCAUCAACGAAGGACCCAGAGGUCCCUACGUGAAGGGCCUCCGUGAAAUAUACGUCAACACGGUGGACGAAGUGUACACGGCCAUGCAUCUGGGUCAACGCUCCAGGGUCACGGCUUCGACGAACAUGAAUCUCGAGUCCUCGCGGUCACAUUCCAUCUUCCUGGUCACAAUCAAUCAGAAAGACGUCAAUACCGGGUCCCAAAAAAGUGGUAUGUUGUAUUUGGUCGAUCUGGCCGGCUCGGAAAAGGUGGGCAAGACGGGAGCCAGCGGACAGACGCUCGAAGAGGCAAAGAAGAUCAACAAGAGUUUGAGCGCUCUCGGAAUGGUCAUCAACGCUUUGACGGACGGAAAAUCCACCCACGUCCCCUAUCGAGACUCCAAAUUGACGAGAAUCCUGCAAGAAAGUUUGGGAGGUAACUCGAGGACGACGCUGAUCAUCAACUGCUCCCCCAGCAGCUACAACGAUGCGGAGACGGUCAGCACGUUGCGUUUCGGUAUGCGAGCCAAGACGAUCAGAAACAAGGCCAAAAUCAAUGCGGAGCUCAGUCCCGCGGAACUCAAGCGUCAGCUCAAGAUCGCCCAGAACCAGACCAUUACAUUUGAGAAAUACAUUGCUUCGCUGGACUCGGAGUUACAACUUUGGAGGAAAGGAGAAACGGUCCCGAAAGACAAAUGGGUGCCGUCUCUGGGAGGCACAGGCUCCAGAUUGGAUGCAAGGGCGAGACCGGAUACGCCCUCCCGCGCAACUGCGGACCUUCUUCGAUCAGAACCGUCGAGUCGACCCGAUUCGCGUAUGGGCGACAGAUCCAGCACGCCCAGCAUCAUUUUGGAUAAGGAUGAACGGGAGGAAUUCUUGAGGCGCGAAAACGAAUUACAAGAUCAACUCACGGAGAAGGAGACACAAGCCGCGAACGCGGAGCGGAGUCUCCAGGAGGCGCGGGAAGAACUCAAGUCAUACAAAGAGGGAGCCAUGCGGACGACCAAAGAGAAUGAAGCGCUGGCCGACAAACUCAAUAAGACACAGUUGGAGUUGCAGAAGCUCUCGUACCAGAACAAAGAGGAUAACAUCACUAUGGAAGCGUUGAAAGACGCCAACUCGGAACUCGAGACGGAACUCGUCUCGGUCAAGCAGCAACUUCUGGAACUCAAGAUGAGUGCCAGGGAGACAACGGCGGCAUUGGACGAGAAGGACCGCAAGAAGAAGGAAAAGAUGGCCAAGAUGAUGGCCGGCUUCGACCUGGGGGACAGUGCCUUCUCGGAGAAUGAGGCUCGCAUGCGAGACAUGCUUGAGCAAGUAGAAGCGUUGCAUGCCGCCAGCAUGAAUGGUGAAAGCGUGCCCACGCAAGUCCUGGAAGACCUGAGGUCGAAACUGCUGGAAUCUCAGAAUCUCGUCCGACAGGCGGAGCAAACUCUGAACGAGCGCGCCGAGACCGAGAACGAGGGCCGUUUCCAUGCACUCGAAGAGAGAUUAACGGCAGUACAACAAGAGUACGAAGAUCUGUUGACUCGCAACCUCGGCCCCGAGGAUCUGGAAGACCUCAAGUCGAGGAUGGAGCAAUUGUACUCUGAUCGGCAGGAGACUCAGGCCGAGCUUGUCCACGACUUGAGGGAUCAACUGACCCAAAAGUCCCAAGAGAUCGACAAGCUCCGGCAGGCCAUGAGCGAGAUACAAGCGCGAGGAGUCGCCAACGGAGCCGGGGUCAACGGGGUCGCGGGAAAGACUCUCCAGCAGCAAAUCGCCGACUUUGACCUGAUGAAGAAGAAUCUGAUGCGCGACCUGCAAAACCGAUGCGAGCGGGUGGUGGAGCUGGAGAUCUCGCUGGACGAGACGCGGGAACAGUACAACAAUGUGCUGCGGUCGAGCAACAACCGACAGCAACAGAAGAAGAUGGCGUUCCUGGAGCGCAACCUCGAACAACUCACCGUCGUGCAGAGACAGCUCGUGGACCAGAACACGAGCCUUAAGAAGGAAGUCGCCAUCGCAGAGCGGAAGCUGAUAGCGCGGAACGAACGCAUCCUCAGUCUCGAGAGUCUGCUGAGUGACAGCCAGGAGAAACUGACGGCUGCGAACCACAGAUUCGAGGCCCAACUCGCCGCCGUCAAAGAGCGACUCGAAGCGGCCAAGAUGUCCUCGCGAAACAUGGCGUCCGCGGGUGCAGGCGGUCCGGUCGGCGGCGGCGGCUUCAAUACUCUCAUGAGCGCCGGGGCCCGAAUCGCCAAACCGCUCCGCGGAGGAGGAGGGACAGGCCCUGUCGACGGAGCUGGUCCCAAUGGAGGACCGUCGUUACCCAUUCUCUCGAACCUGGCUGGAAAUGGUUCCGAAGGCGGCAACAAACGAAGUAGUUGGUUCUUCAAUACGGGUCGGUGA